AAAUCCCUACAAUAUUUAAAGCGUUUUUUAUAUAACUAAUAAUAGAUUUUAUAAUGAUUUCUCUUGAAAAGAUUAUUAGUCAUAAAUAUUCAUGAAUUGGCAUUCCAUUCCAUUUGCUUUGUGCUCUGUCAAUUUGAAUAACUGUAUUGUUGCAUUGCAUAGUUACGUAACCUACAAAUAACCUAAAAAUACCUAAAGUCUAUCUUUUCACGGUAGUUUUAGUGCAGUUUGUUAUGAAAUAACGCGGGUGCAAUGGAAACCAGUUAUGAUGAGGAUUUGAACGACAAUAUUUUCUACCAAGUUUUACAAACUGAUCACAAGGAAUUGUUUCACAAAGCACUUCUUGAUGGGUGGGUAAUUGUGUUCCCAGAUCAGGUUCUCUACCAAAGUAUGCUGUGACUCAAGACGAUAUACUAAGUCACAUUUUGAUUCCUAGUGAUGAAUUACCAGAAACGCAUUUUCGAACUCUCAAUGAUAAGGAUAUUACGAUUUGUAAUAAGGUGAUAACAGUGGAUCCCCAUGAUCAUUCCGCUAUCUAUAGUACACAUGUUUUGUUUGAAGAGACUUUUUACACUAGUGAUAUGAUGAAGUACAAAAUUCUAUGCAUUGAGAAUCCAUUACAGAUUUAUACGGGGGUAUCAAAGGAGGAGAGUAGCAGUAGUGUAGUUUCUGUACAAACUUUGAGGGACUGUAUUGAUUUGUUAUGGACUGAAACGGCGGGUAAGGAGGUUUUGGAGAAAAUUGAUGAUAUUAUUCAAAAAUUUCUAGUUGCAAAUGAGAGGCUAGAGUUCAAAUCCCUCCAGAAACAACGUGAUCUAGUCGGAAACUUGUACUCAUCUUGCCUGCAAAUAGUUUUACUUGACAGUCGUCUCCGUGUGAAAACCGCUAACAACCGUCACUUGUUACAAAACAUCAAAACCAGCAUCGAAUCCUACAUACAUCAUGCAAUCUACAAGAAACUGAUCAAAGGUAUAACUGCCUGUACUGCAUGUGAGGACGCAAAUUUUAAUAAAAUUGUGAGGAAUUUAUCGGAUCUACAGCUGCAGGACUUGGAGGUUAGGAGUGACUUGUACGACACUGUACCCAAGGCAAAGGCACAGAUAGCUAGGAUCGACUGUUAUUGCACUGUGUUGGGUAAAAUUAGUUGUUUACAGAGAACUUUUGCUGCGAUAUCAAAGUGUGACGCUAGUAAUUCGUCGUACGGGAACGUUUUGUCUGCCGAUGAUCUACUACCAAUGUUGGUAUUUUUGGUAAUCAAAUCGGGGUUACCCAAUUGGAUAGCGCAUGUCACAUACAUGAAGUUGUUCAACUUCUCCGCAUCACUCUCUCACCAGAUCGAUCAGGGUAGUUUUUUGGUGACCUCUUUAGAGGCGGCUAUAGAACAUAUCAAAUCAGGGCUACUUCAGGGACCCUCCGAGCCAGAGGGACAACUGAACCUAGACGGCGCAGAGUCAGAUUCUGGAGGCUACGAGAUGUAUCAAGGAUUCGGGAUACCGUCGUCGAUUGACAGGUUGGAUUCGAAAACACGGUCUGCUACACUGUCGAAUCUGUUUGAGUUAGCACGACAGGGGAAUGCACAGGAACUGGAAAAACUGUUGACAGGUAAGGGGAGCGAGACAGACGAUGAAAUGAUACUACUGAACGCGGUGAGCUCGUUGAAACUGUGUCAUCCUCUAUGUUCUUGCGACAAAUGUGAGAGGGUGUUGUCACAGAAUCUGCUAGACACCACACCAACUAUACAUUCCUGUGACGACCGAGGAUACACGAUUUUACACGUUGCCAGCAUGUACGGACGUCCGAAAGUUGUGGAUGUUCUGAUUUCCUGUGGAGCCAACCCGAAUUCUACCGACUACUCGGGGUCCACACCCCUCCACUAUGCCGCAGCCAGAGGUCAUCAAAAUGCUCUCCUACUCUUGAUCCACGCUGGUGCCAAAGUGGAUAAAGCUGACAACGAGGGUAACAUGCCGCUACAUCUGUCCGCGGGGAACGGGCAUGAAGGUUGCAUCAAGGCCAUACUGUACUACACGGAGCAUGUGGGGGUGAAACUGGACAUAAACAUGAAGAAUCGCCACGGUGAGACCGCUCUACACAACGCGGCACGAUGGGGGUAUCAAUCUAUUGUGAAAAUACUGUUAGAAUACGGAGCUUGUCCUAGUGUGGAGAAUAAACGUAAACUCACACCCCUAGACUACGCACACAGUCUACAUAUAUCUAAGCUGUUGAUGUCUUGGGCAAAACGUACGAUCGCAAAUUUGUUGGUACCGAAAUUCGAGAAUAGUAUCUCUAAUCAUAAACAAGAUAUGACUGUAGCUGCAGCUUCCAAACCUCUACUAGAUUUCAAUGAUGAGGGUAGUGUAGUGGGAAUUAGUAGGGAAGUCGGUAUACGUCCUCAAACUACCGAUCAGAUUAAACAGAUUGAAAGGUUGUUGAGGGCGAUAGCUUACGGCGAUGUACAGUUGGCCUGUUUCUAUCUUGGACUAGUGCUGCCAGAUCGCGAGGAAAUGUUGAAGAAACUGGAGAAAACGCACUCGUGUCACCCGUUAUGCUCGUGUAAAAAACUCGUGAGGGAUGAUUGUGAGGACGAGGGUAAAUGUGUGGUGAGAUCAGAGAAUAUCGCGUACGAUGUUUGCGAUUCGGACGGGUUCACACCCCUACACGUGUCAGUCAUGCAUGGACAGAUAGAUUUGGUGAAAAUGUUGAUAGAUGUUGGGGCCAAGAUUAACUUGCGUACUAGAACUAAAAAUAAAACUCCCCUGCAUCUAGCCUGUGAGAACGGUCAGAAUAAAAUUGCUCAACUCCUUCUCAGUAGCGGUAUAUGUGAUGUUAAUUGUCAGGACGCUUACGGGAAUAGUCCUUUGCACUACGCGUGUUUGGCUAAUAACACACAGUUGGUGCAGAUUUUGUUGAACUAUAAACCGAAUUUGAAUUUGCGUAACUCCAAUGGAAAAACGGCACAGAAGGAAGCAGAGGAUAGAAUGUCGUUGUCUAUGUUGAGGCUACUGACGAACGCUAGUGGUGGGGGUACAGUGGUUUGAAAGGUGGAGAAGAAGUCGAAAGAGGAGAUGAAGAAGAAGGCGAAAGAGAUGAUAAACAAGAAGAAAAGGGAGCAGAAGAUCAAGAAUAACUAAGGAGAGGAGGUAAAGAAUAAAAAUAAGAAGUUUGGUAAGAGCUGAUAUCUUUAGUCAGUAACUAUUUUAUGUAUCAAAUAAUAUUUUGUAAUAAAAAUGAAGUUGAAAGUAGAUUUAUGUCACUUUGUAAAGGAAGGUAGGAUCUUCUUGAAUUCAUUCAUAAUUUCAUUGAUUUACACUCAUCAUUUCAAUAUUGCAAUAUUUGAAUACCUAGUGUUAUAAAUGGUCUGGAUGCAAUGUUUGAUAAAAACAUGUCGAGGAAACCUCGUUUAAAAUUUUGUUGAGACAUCAAAGUUUAAACAAUUUUAAUAGUUUUUUGUUGUAUUGUAAUAAAAUACAUGAGUAUACAUUACACAAUAGCUUACACCAAAUUAUUUGUAUCUUAAAGAUGCAAACACGAACACCAAACAUUGUAGGCUAUCUUACGUAGGAAUAAUAAAUUUUGACUCAUUAUAAAAAGUACCUAACUCAUUCAAUCUAUCUAUAAAUACAAAAAUUAGAAAUGGCAAUGCCUAGCUAUAUUCAUUUCCUCAAUUUAGUUAUUUUUGUCUUAUUAAUAACUUUUUUUUAAUUUGAAUUGUUUCAAUGAAGUGUGUAACGAAUGAAAUUGGAUGAAUUCGCUCAAUGAAAAUAACUGUAUGUGAUAUGGUUCAGUGCAAUUUUAUUAUAAGGCUAGUGCGGUUUUUAUAUAGUUUUUCACAUAAGAGAGGUACUGUAGUUAUGAAUUUAGAAUUAAGUGAAGUAAGCUCUCAAUAAUCCAGUCUGGUACUGAUAUAAUAUGGAAUAAAUAUGUACUGUAGUAUGAGUUGGUAUGUUUAACACAAUGCAAUAAUUUGAAACAUUCUAAUGACCUGUAUGUAUACUUUAGCCUUUUCGAUUUUUUUUUU